UUGUUUAUCGUUUGCAAAAGAAAUAUUAAAAAUAUUUUUUUAAAAUAAAAUAGAAAAAUUUUUAUAAAUUUGGCCUUUAAAUGCCUACAUAAAUUUAAUUAUAUAUUGUGUUAGAAAUGAGUAUGUGUUCAAAUGAAUGCUAGUGGAAUUUUUUUGAAGAUAUAAAAAAACGACAUGGGUGUAUGCCUCUGCAAAGAUAAAAUUGAAGAAGGAGUAUCAUCAAUUAGAGAAUAUGUUGAACAACCCAAUGGUUCCGUAGAAAGUGAUCAAAGCAAUGCAACAUCAUGUAAUCAAUUCAAAACUUUAGCUGAAAGGGUGGAUAUUUUAGUUAAAGAAACUUUAGAUGUUAUUGCAGCCACUGUUGAUAAUGAGCCUGAACCUCCCAAUUCAAUGAUUUUAUUAAAUGCUAUAACGGAUAAACCGGCAGGUUGGAUGGAACUUAUAAGAUCUUUAAUUAGAAGCGUGCCAUCAGAGCAUCCAAUGGGAUUUAAUGUUAUAGCUCUAUUAUUAGAUGAUAGUCCAUUACCUACAAAGGAAUGUGUCAUGGAAGUAACUGAAAUUGUUGGAAAAACAGUAUUUGAACAUUUAUCUACAGAACGAAAUUUUUGUGUUAUAUUAGGUUGCCUGGCAGAAAAAUUAGCCGGACCUAGCAGUAUAGCUUUACUUUCUGAAAAUACAUUGCAAUAUUUAGUUGAUAAUUUAUCAGAUGAUACAAAUAAUAAUAUAAAAUUACUAUCAAUAAUUGCCUUAGAAAAAUUCGCACUUACAAGCGAAAAUAAAGCGACUAUUAAGAAAAAAAUCGAACAAUGUAAAAGCAAUCCAUUAUUAAAACUAGAAAAAUACACAUUAGACAAUGAUUACAUACUUCGCCAAAUAGGAUUUUGUGCACGUUGGUGUUUGGACAAUUAUUUUAUUUUAGAUAGUAGAAAGUAUUCUUAUGAAAUUGUUGACACUAGUAAUGUGAAUGUAAUGCUGAAUACUAAAGACGUAAGCGAAUAUUUAAAAAUUUCGCCUGAUGGAUUAGAAGCAAGAUGUGAUGCAUAUACAUUCGAAAGCGUCAGAUGCACAUUUCAAAUAACAACUGGUUGUUGGUAUUAUGAAGUUUUAGUAGUUACACCAGGUGUAAUGCAAAUAGGUUGGGCUACAAAAGAUUCUAAUUUUCUAAGCGAUGAUGGAUAUGGAAUUGGAGACGAUAUAUGCUCAAUUGCAUUUGAUGGCUGUCGUAAAUUAGUUUGGCACAAUGCAAAAGCUACUUCACACAACCUUCCGGCAUGGACAAGUGGAAGCAUUGUUGGUUGCUUAUUAGAUUUAAAUAAAAAAGAAUGUGUUUUUAGCAUUAAUGGAGUGGAAAGUGAUAUUUAUAAACAAGUUUUUGACAAUGCAAAAGAAGGAUUUUUUGCUGCUGCUAGUUUUAUGUCAUUUCAACAAUGUAGAUUUAAUUUUGGUUCUGAACCAUUUAAGUAUCCUCCUAAAAAUAGAAAUUUUAGUAAUUUUAACGACAAUGCGACCUUAAAAACUCAAGAUAAGAUCAUUUUACCACGGCAUAUUUAUUUGGAGAAAUUAAGAAAGUUAAGUGUACGAGAAGAUUCUUGUACACUAUGCUUUGACAGAAAAGGAGUCAUAAGACUUGAACCAUGCAAACACAGGGGUUUUUGUUCGAAAUGUUCUGUACAAAUCCAACACUGUCCCAUGUGUAGAGCAGCAAUUGAGGAAAUUGUAAUAGACAAUAUAGAUAAUCCUGUUGUCGAAGAUUUAAUUACGUGAUAACUAAUAUCGUGUAGGUUUCACCUUGUUUUAUUAUUAAAGAAAAAGAAUGAUCAAAUAUACAUAUAUUUUGUAUGUAAGGUUUUAUUCCCUUUGUUAAUUUUAGAGAGAAAAAUGCAUUUUUUAAUUCUAUGUUAAUAAAUUUUAUCUAAAAUAAUAAUAAUAAUGUAAAUUGAUUAAUUCCAUCGAUAAUUUUCAGGAAAAAAAAAUUUAAUUUAUCU